GUCUUGCUCUUGUCGCCCAGGCUGGAGUGCAAUUGCAUGAUCUCUGCUCACUGUAACCUCCAACUCCUAGGUUCAAGCUAUUCUCCUGCCUCAGCCUCCCAAGUUCCUGGGAUUACAGGUGCCUGCCACCAUGCCUGGCUAAUUUUUGUAUUUUUAGUAGAGACAGGGUUUUGCCAUGUUGGCCAGGCUGGUCACAAACUCCUGACCUCGUGAUCUGCCUGCCUCGGCCUCCCAAAGUGCUGAGAUUACAGGUGUGAGCCACCGUGCCUGGCCCUCCUUGCUUUAUUUUAUGAUUCCAUUCAGUCAUUAGUCUUGUCGGUUUUUAAAAAAAGGUUUUAUUGAGAUAUGAUUCACAUACUAUACAGUUCACUCAUUAAAAGUAUACAAUUCAGCUUUUAGUAUAUUCAGGGUUGUGCAACCAUCACCACAAUAUUAGAAUUUUUUUUUUUUUUUGAGACGGAGUCUCGCUGUGUCACCAGGCUGGAGUGCAGUGGCAAAAUCUUGGCUCACUGCAACCUCUGCCUCCCAGGUUUAAGUGAUUCUCCUGCCUCAGCCUCCGCAGUAGCUGGGACUACAGAAGCUUGCCACCAUGCCCGGCUAAUUUUUUGUAUUUUUAGUAGAGACGGGGUUUCACCAUGUUGGCCAGGAUGGUCUUGAUCUCUUGACCUCGUGAGCCACCGCACCCAGCCAUAUUGGAACAUUUUAAUCACCUCCCAAAGCAAUGCCAUACUCAUUAGUUGUCACCCCUAACCUCCCCUCUCCGUGUCCUAGGAAACCAUUAAUCUGCCUUCUGUCUCUAUACAUUUGCUCAUUCUGAACCUUUCAUAUACAUGGAAUCAUAUAGUAUGUGGUCCUUUGUGACCGCUUUCUUUCACUUAGCUCAAUUUUUUUUUGUUGUUUGUUUUGUUUUUUUCUUUUUUGAGGCAAGGUCUUGCUCUGUUGCUCAGACUGUAGUGCAGUGCUUGAUCACAGCUCACUGCAACCUCUGCCAUCCAGGCACAAGUGAUCCUCCUGCCUCAGUCUCCUGAGUAGCUGGGACUGCAGGCAUGUGCCACCAUGCCAGGCUAAUUUUUUGAUUUUUUUUUUUUUUUUUGUAGAGAUAGUCUCACUGUGUUGCCCAGGCUGGUUUUGAACUCCUGCGCUCAAGUGAUCUUCCCACCUCUGCCUCCCAAAGAGCUAGGAUUACAGGCGUGAGCCACUGCACCCAGCAGCUUGAUGUUUUUAAGGUUCAUCCAUGUUAUAGCACAUACUGGUACUGUGUCUGGAAUUGGUGGGUUCUUGGUCUCACUGACUUCAAGAAUGAAGCCGCGGACCCUCGCGGUGAGUGUUAUAGCUCUUAAGGUGGCGCAUCUGGAGUUUGCUCCUUCUGAUGUUCAGAUGUGUUCGGAGUUUCUUCCUUCUGGUGGAAUCGUGAUCUCGCUGGUUUCAGGAGUGAAGCUGAAGACCUUCGCGUGCUGAAGCUGCUGAAAGAUGGCAGAAGAAGUGGUGGUAGUAGCCAAAUUUGAUUAUGUGGCCCAACAAGAACAAGAGUUGGACAUCAAGAAGAAUGAGAGAUUAUGGCUUCUGGAUGAUUCUAAGUCCUGGUGGCGAGUUCGAAAUUCCAUGAAUAAAACAGGUUUUGUGCCUUCUAACUAUGUGGAAAGGAAAAACAGUGCUCGGAAAGCAUCUAUUGUGAAAAACCUAAAGGAUACCUUAGGCAUUGGAAAAGUGAAAAGAAAACCUAGUGUGCCAGAUUCUGCAUCUCCUGCUGAUGAUAGUUUUGUUGACCCAGGGGAACGUCUCUAUGACCUCAACAUGCCCGCUUAUGUGAAAUUUAACUACAUGGCUGAGAGAGAGGAUGAAUUAUCAUUGAUAAAGGGGACAAAGGUGAUCGUCAUGGAGAAAUGCAGUGAUGGGUGGUGGCGUGGUAGCUACAAUGGACAAGUUGGAUGGUUCCCUUCAAACUAUGUAACUGAAGAAGGUGACAGUCCUUUGGGUGACCAUGUGGGUUCUCUGUCAGAGAAAUUAGCAGCAGUCGUCAAUAACCUAAAUACUGGGCAAGUGUUGCAUGUGGUACAGGCUCUUUACCCAUUCAGCUCAUCUAAUGAUGAAGAACUUAAUUUCGAGAAAGGAGAUGUAAUGGAUGUUAUUGAAAAACCUGAAAAUGACCCAGAGUGGUGGAAAUGCAGGAAGAUCAAUGGUAUGGUUGGUCUAGUACCAAAAAACUAUGUUACCGUUAUGCAGAAUAAUCCAUUAACUUCAGGUUUGGAACCAUCGCCUCCACAGUGUGAUUACAUUAGGCCUUCACUCACUGGAAAGUUUGCUGGCAAUCCUUGGUAUUAUGGCAAAGUCACCAGGCAUCAAGCAGAAAUGGCAUUAAAUGAAAGAGGACAUGAAGGGGAUUUCCUCAUUCGUGAUAGUGAAUCUUCGCCAAAUGAUUUCUCAGUAUCACUAAAAGCACAAGGGAAAAACAAGCAUUUUAAAGUCCAACUAAAAGAGACUGUCUACUGCAUUGGGCAGCGUAAAUUCAGCACCAUGGAAGAACUUGUAGAACAUUACAAAAAGGCACCAAUUUUUACAAGUGAACAAGGAGAAAAAUUAUAUCUUGUCAAGCAUUUAUCAUGAUACUGCUGACCAGAAGUGACUGCUGUGUAGCUGUAAUUUGUCAUGUAAUUGAAGACUGAGAAAAUGUUGGGUCCAGUCGUGCUUGAUUGGAAAUUGUUGUUUCUAAAUCUAUAUGAGAAUUGACAAUAAGUAUUUUUAUUAUAACUCAGCCCAUACAUAUAUACUAUGUAUGCAGUGCAUCUGCAUAGAACAGUUCCUUAUCCUUGGCCAUCUGUUUUAUUGUUUUUUUCUUUGCUGUUUUCCCUUUGCUUCUAAUAUUACAGUUUUGUAUUUUGUAAACAAAAAUCAAAUAAUGCAUAUCAGAAUCUUUAUAUGGAAGAAAUCCUUUAUUGCCUUUCCUUUGUUUCCUUGUAAAGGCACCCUGUUCUGUUAUGGUUUUUCAUUAUAUAAAAUUAUUAUAUCUAUAUAUGACAUAUGCUAAAAUAAAUUUCUUGGAGAGUGUUAAUCUUUUCUGUGACUAAAUAGCAAUAAUAAAUGGAAAAUUAGAAAUUAUUUCCAGGUAUUAUAUUUGUCACAGGCCAUUGUAAAUACCAAGUAUAUUGUGUCUGCCAUAAUUUUAAAAAAUAUUCAUUGUCUUCAGUCGUACAGCAAGACACAUGAGACAUAGAUUAGAAAACAUGUUGUACAAUUUUAAUUUACAACUGUUGGAAAUAAAAAUCACUUAAUUUUUUUUUCCA